CCUACCAGCCAGUUCUUGUAACCCCAUCUAUCAGCUGCAGCUCUGCAUGCCGGCUUUUUUUCCUGCUGAAUCGCAGGUGGAGGGGGGGAAAAGGGAGGGGAAGGAAGAGAGAAACCUAGACCCCUCCUCUAUUUUCUCUACCCCCCUUCCCAAAAAGAGGGCUCCCCUGUUUGCUUGGAUCUGGGUUCCCCCCCUCCAUGGAGGAGCUGGCCAGAGGGGCCCUCCCCGCCUCUCCCCAAUCCCCCCUAAGCCGGGCACCCCCUUUGUUCACCAAGCCUUGGGCUGGGAUUGGUUCCCGGCAGCCCCUUCUCCUGGCUCCCCCUUUGCAGGGGAAGCUACCCAAGGGGGCCGCCCCCCUCUGAUCACCCCCUUACCCACCUUUGGGAAGGGAGAAGGAGCCCCUCUCCGCUCGGGCAUUCGGGGUGCGUCAGUCUUUCUCUGACUGCUGCUUGGAAAGGUUGGAAAGAAAUCUCUCCACGGGUGGCAGAGGUCAUGAAUUCCUGUGGACCCUGAAAAAAAAAGAGAGAGACAUCCCAGAUUAAGGAUGGUCCAUGUAAUGGGGGAAAUCAGCUGCUGGAUGUUCCUGGGGUCCCUUCUCCUGCCUGUCUCAGUUCUUCUAGGUUCCCAGGAAAAUGGGAAAGUCAUCCACAUCAACAAGGUCCACCAUCAACCCCUCCGGGUCGGCUUGGCGGAGCCGGUGGCUCUGCCUUGCCUCUUCCUCCUCCAACCCUCAGCUUCUCUCGGGCCCAACUCCCCUCCAGACCCGCCACGGAUCAAAUGGAGUAAAGUCCGGUCCGCCACGGGGCAGCCGGAAGACCUCUCAGUCUUGGUGGCCAAGGAUAACGUAGUGAAGAUUUCCAAAGGGUACGAAGGGAGGAUCUCCCUUCCCGGUUAUCCGUACCGACGCGAUAACGCCACGUUGCUGCUUUCCGCCGUGCGGGCCAGCGACGCCGGGCUUUAUCGGUGCGAAGUGGUGGCCGGGAUUCACGACGAGCAAGACCUGGUCCCACUAGAAGUCACAGGUGUGGUUUUCCACUACCGAGCUGCCAGCAACCGCUACGCCUUGACGUUCUCGGCGGCACAGAGGGUCUGCGAGGAGAACUCAGCCGUCAUUGCCUCACCGGCGCACCUUCAAGCCGCGUUUGAGGAUGGUUAUGACAACUGCGAUGCCGGAUGGCUUUCCGAUCGCACUGUUAGGUAUCCCAUCACCCUUUCGAGGCCGGGCUGUUACGGAGACCGCAACAGUCUUCCGGGCGUCCGGAGUUACGGUGAGAGGGAUGCCGAGGAAACUUACGACGUCUACUGUUAUGCAAAAGAGCUUCGGGGAAAGGUGUUCUACGCCUCCAGCCCAGGACGUAUGACAUUCCCAAUGGCCCAGAAGUACUGCGUGAGUCGAGGCGCCCAGCUUGCGACGACUGGGCAGCUGUACCUCGCUUGGAGAGAAGGGCUUGACCAGUGUGAUCCUGGCUGGCUGGCCGACGGAAGCGUCCGGUAUCCCAUCCGGACCCCGCGGAAGAAAUGCGGAGGGGAUGAGCCGGGAGUCCGGACCGCCUACCAGCAUGCCAAUCGGACCGGCUUCCCCCACCCAGGCUCCAGGUUCGACGCCUACUGCUACAAAGCCUGGCAGUCAAGCAAGAAGGUGCUGGGUUCGGCGUUUGGGGAGAGCCCGGAUCCGGCGGGACGGGGGCCCACCGACCAGGACACGGAAGGAAGCCACGAUUUGCUGAUGGAGAACCUCUUGGUGGAACAUGACCCCGAUUCGCUGACGCAGAACGAGCUUUUCCCCAAGGAAACAGACGAGGCCGUUGUUUCGGGGGAUUCGAGGGAGUUCGCCAAAGAACCUUAUGGGCCGUUACAGAAAGCCGGGACGGCGUUGAUGGAAGAGGACGAACAGAUGCAGUUGGUGACGGCUUUUCCCAGAGGGAAGGAAACUGGGGAGGAGGGACCGACUUCUCCCCAGAGGCCUCUUUGGGAUGGAGGACAUCAAGACGGGUCUCCCAAACCACCCAGUGUCUCCCACCUGGACUUGGUCGUUGAGCGAGACCCAUUCCACGCAGUUGACCACACGUCAGUGGAGCCCACGAAGAGCCACGAUUCUGAGCAGGCGAUGGCCACCAAAGAGACAAGAACUGUGGUCGUGACACCUUCAGUGGAAGAGUCUGAAGACCUCUCAUCCACUGAGGGGGUCACCCACCCUGUCUACCCCACUUGGGUGCCCGGGACCACCCAUAGGUUGGCCCCCCAUGAAUCCAUAUCCCCUGACCCACCACAGCUUCCUUAUACUCAUCUCCCUAUGGGGCAACCUUCCACCUCCACCGUAGCCAGCACCCCAACACCUCACAGUGGUCCCCCCGGGGCCACGACCAAGGAUCUGCUCCCCACCGGCCUUCCCGAGCCCACCCGGAGGAGCAUUUACACGGGCCUCAACGGACGCUACUUCCAGCAGAUCGUGGAAGAGGAUCCGGGCCUUGAGGGGGAGACCGAGGGCAGCACCGCCUUGCCCUCGGUGCGGCACAAGAUGGCGGACAACUUCAUCGAGACCUCGGUGGAGGCCCAGCCCAGCCCGGCCGCGGCGCUCCGAGGCGGCGUGAGCUACGCUCUCUCCAACGAAGUGGAUGGCAAAGAGCUACCAGCGUCUGAGCACCGGAGCUACCCAGAAACCACGUUUUUAUCUCCUUCACCCUUCUGGAGAGGCACACAGGGUGAAGGAUACGACCACGAACACCCAGCAUCCUCUGGGUUGGAAAACCAGGAGACCCAAACCCACUCCGGGCAUCCUGAGGCUUCCUCUCCAACCGUGGCCAAUGGGCUUCGGUGGCCUCCAGAGAUGGCCACCACAACAGGAAGAGGUCUUACAGAGGGCCCCGGGGCUGCCAGCACCCGAGGAGACUACCCUCCAGGGGUGGCACUGGUGAGGGACAACGGGGAGAGCUUCUCAGGCAAUGGGGAGGUUAUCCGGACAAUCCCACACUCCUCCCUGGACAGCAAGAGGAGCGAAGGCCCCAUGGACGAAGCGAGUGGGGAAGUUGGUGAUGACUCCCGAGAAGAUCACAAUGCCCUGGUGAGCUUAGUCGAGGGGCUCCCGGGGCCUGAUUUCGAGGCCCAACAAAACGUGCCUGGUUCUGCCCAAGAAGGAACAGAUUCAGACAUUCUCCAUGCAACCAGACCACAGAAGGAGAUCAGGGUCCUUGACGUGGGAGGAAAAGACACCAUCUUGAAUCAGGACGGCCGGCAUGUGGGGGAGCUCACUGAGCUGAGAGGGGAAGAGGCCUCCACUCUGUCCAUGAAGAACAUCUUUUCUCCGACACUGGAUUUCGUUGACUCACCAGCGGCUCAGCUGUUGUCUGGGGAAGGUGAGCCAUGGGUGACCCCUGGCGCCAGUCAAGAUGGGGAGGUGGCCUCCAAGGGAAGCCUCCAGACAACACCAGGAAGCCCAGUAGAUGUUUCCACCUUGACCGAGCCCCUGGGUGUUUCUGGGCAACAAGGAGGCUGGGAGGUGAUCACGGAAAGCACAGAUGGACACCUUGAAGCCGGCAUAGUCAACCAAAAUCAUCCUGGGGAACACCUGGUGCUCCAAACCAGCAGCAUGAUGGAAACAAGUCCCGUCCAUCACUCUUCUGAAGGUGCCAGCUCUGGAUCUCCCAUCCGUACCCUCUCCACCCGGCCUGUCCCUACUGAGGGGCAGAAAGACGCAACGCUGUGGGGCUCCCCAAAGAUGGACCCAACCCCACGUCGAUCAACACUGUCUCCAGACCAGCUACUUCCAUUCCCAACCUCUCCACCUUCCCUCUUUCCAAGUGGAGAAGCCGUCAGAGCUGUGGAUGAUGAGGAAAGCUACCUUCCCACCUCGCCGGGAGGGUUUCUCCCUCUUGAGCCCGACAGCGGGAGUGGGGAAGAGACCAGAAAUCUGUCCACCAUCAAAGGGGACGAGGGUCCGGUGUGGAACGAGGAAGCCAACAUCAGCUUGAUUGUUGAAACCAAUCCGUGCGACAAUGACCCGUGUUUGCACGGAGGGACCUGUGAAUCCAGCGGGAACAUCUCUACCUGUAACUGUCCACGAGGCUUCACAGGGGAGAACUGUGAAAUAGAUAUCGACGACUGCUUAUCCGGCCCGUGUCAGAACGGAGGCACCUGUAUUGACGAGAUCAACGCUUUCAUCUGCCUGUGCCUGCCCAGCUAUGGUGGGACCUUGUGCGAACGAGACACUGAAGGCUGCGACCACAACUGGCAUAAAUUCCAAGGCCAUUGUUACCGGUACUUCGCCCACCGGCGGUCGUGGGAGGAUGCGGAGCGAGACUGUCGCCGGCGGUCAGGUCACCUGACCAGCAUCCAUUCACGGGAGGAGCAUAACUUCAUCAGCAGCUUUGGGCAUGAGAAUACAUGGAUCGGGCUUAACGACCGCAUCGUGGAGCAGGAUUUCCAGUGGACCGACAACACCGGACUGCAAUACGAGAACUGGCGGGAGAAUCAGCCGGAUAAUUUCUUUGCCGGGGGCGAAGACUGCGUGGUGCUGGUGUCGCACGAGACGGGGAAGUGGAAUGACGUCCCGUGCAACUACAACCUGCCUUACGUCUGCAAAAAAGACACCGUACUGUGCGGGCCUCCUCCCUCGGUGGAAAACGCCUUCCCCAUUGGCAAAAAGAGAGAGAAAUACAGCAUCCACGCAACCGUCCGCUACCAGUGCGAGGAAGGCUUCCUGCAACGGCACUUGCCCACCAUCAAGUGCCACGUCAACGGAACGUGGGACCGGCCCCGAAUCCUCUGCACAAAAUACGGUCGCACAGAACCCGGCGGCACCACCGACGCCGCCAUCAGCACCACCAACACCACCGCCACAAAUCGCGGAAGGACCGGCGGAAACACCAGCGGCAGCACCCGAAGCCGGAGUGGACGGAGGAAGACGGCAAUUACUUUUAACGACCUACCCAGAGAAAAGCACAAGCUCUUCCUUCCCCACCAUCUUUCCCCCCCCACCCGUUCCUCCCCCAGCCUCCCAGCCCCUCCCUGGAUGUAAUUGAUUGGCGUGUGUGAUGGGAAACUGUUGAUGCCUUCUCUCGCUCUCUCGCGGCGGCGGCCGAUUCGCUCCGAGUUUCAGUCCGAAUCCACCCUAGAAUAAUCCGGCGGAGGGGAGGUGGCAAACAUUUCCUGUCCAACAGGGAGUCAACGCCUGUGGGUGCCCUUCCUUUUAAAGUUCGGAACAAAACCUAGAGCGGAUCGGGCUGUUCCCUCUGACCUCCAGAGCCGCCUUCCUCCGUUGCUCCCCACCCUUCCACAAAUCAUGCUAUCAGGGGGAAAAAAAUCUAUUUGGAUCCUGUCUGUC